GGAGAGAGGGAGGAGGAGGGCAGUACAGUUGGGGCAACCUUCUACAGUUGAGGCACCUCCCUGGAGGCUGUGACCAGUGCUGUGAGAGCUUGAGUGAGCUCUUGGGCCAGCCCAGGUGGUGUGUCUGGUCCUCCCUGGAGGUGUAUAGAUGGGAGCAUUGGUACAGGCUCUGCUAAUGUGUGGCAGAGCGUCUGCCAGAUUAGACUCAGAGAGCAGCAUAGACUUGUGUAAGGUGGAUGGUCUGUUCAGCCUGGUGGCAGAGCCGAGAGAGGAAGGAGAAAGGCUGGGAAGUAUUGGGGGCUCUGAGGAGGAGGUCAGCUAGUGAAGCUGUACUCUACCUUCUCUAAGACAAACACACCUGCUUUCCAAGGUUGUCAGACCUUGGAACAGGCUGCCCAGAGAUGUGGUAGAGUCACCAUCUCUUGUACUGUUCAAAAGAAAGUGUGAAUAUGGUCAUGGUUUAAUGGUGAACACGAUGGCUGUGCCGGGUUGACGGCUGCACUUGAUCUUAAAGGUCUCUUUUAACUCUGAAGUCUAUGGUUUUAAAGAGUGCAGGUCUAUUUACUCGGUAUGCAUUUAUUGUAGUAUACUUGUGAGUUGUGUUAGUGGUUUACACCUGCUGGCUCUACCUCUAGGAGACCAGUAGGUCAGACAAAAGGAUUACUGCGCUGCCUGCUGCUCUCAGCUUUACUUUUUUUGCCUUCACUGCACGUACCGCCCACACAUUCCCGCGCUGCCCUCAGAACGGCCCCCGCCCCACUGCUCUGCGCAGGCGCGGAGCGCGCGGGCCGCCGGGAGCCGCGGGGUUUGAGUGAGGGCGAUGGCGUCCGUGUCCUGGAACUUGGAGCAGGAGCAGGAACAGGAGCAGAAGCUGGAGCAGGGCGGGGCUCAGGCGUGGCCCCAGGGCGGCCACGACAUGGGUGUCCUCAAGCUGCUCCGCCUGCGGGACCAGAUGAAGCAGCAUCUCAUGGAGUACAGCGCGGCCGUUCGUGGCGGUGAAACAACUUUCCUCGAUCAGGUUGUUGAGGAAAAGCAUAUUCAAGGUGUCACAGAAGAUUUGCAAACAAAUAAAGAGGAAACAGAAGUCUCUUUCUGGAACAAGACAUUGGCCUUGCAAAGGAUCCAGCUUAUGGCUGCCCUGAGAAACAAAGUGAAUCAAGAUGAUAAAGACUCAUGUCUGAUCCUGGAAACAGUGAAUCGCAUAGUGUUGCUCAGCCGGACAAUAAUCAAAUAUCAGCAGCUAGCACAUGAGAAGAAACAGAAGUUGAUUGACAUUAAAAGGAAAAGACUCUCACUAAAAAAAGACCAAAGAAGAAAACUACAGCAAAUUCAGACUAUGAAGAAAAAACAAAAGAAGGAAAAAGGAAAUAAGAACCUGGAUGAAGCAAAGAUGCUUCAGAACUUAGAAAAAGAAAGAUUGAUGACUACAGUAAUUCAAAAUGUGUUUCAGAAUAUCAUAAUUGGAAGCGGAGUUAACUGGGCAGAAGAUCCAUCUUUAAAGGCGAUUGUUCUACAGCUUGAAAAAAAUGUCCAUCUUCCAUGAAUCAGGAGAAAUAUUGUUUUUCUCUCUAGAGACUCAGAAUGUGUCCAUGCAACUCUGUGAAGUGAAAUUAAAUUUCUGACACACAACAAAUGUUUGAAUGGGUAAUGCAACUGAUGAAAUUAAACUACCUGAAGACCCACUUCAUAGCUGUCUUGUCCGAAAACCUCAUGUCUCUCUGAAAGACAGCAAUAAUGCAAGAAAGAUGAAUAAUCUGUGUAUUUCAAGCUUUUACGUAAAAGUGGACUUAAACCAAGGCUCUGCUGUCCUCUUUUCCUGGGGAUGAGCAGGCUGCAGAGCUUGGGCAUGGUACCUGACUCUGGUCUGUCCCAGUGGAAAGCCCAAGAUGGAAAAACUUUUUAGCAAGUUUUUACAAUUGGGAUUUUUUUGCUAUUAAAGCGCUUCGUAUAAUUUGAAACAGCAGAAUUUUUAUGCUCUUAGUUCUUCUAACAGCCACUUGUGUCUGAAGUGGUGACUUCAUGCUAUCGACCGUGCAGCUAAGCAGCGUUUUAUCUACAUAUUUUCACCAGCAUUUGCUUUCUUUUUUUGUUUAUAUGAUGUUCAAAUGAAAUUGAAGCUUAGGGUGUAUAGCAUGUUUUGAGACAUGUACUGUCUCUUUCUAUCUUAGGGUAUAUUGUCAUUUUUAACUUGGUGAUUAACUAGCAUUUUUUUUAGGUGGGCUUUGAUCGAAUAGUAAGAAUAAAACGCUGAUUUGACUCAAAA